AUGGCUGCCCGCUCAAAAUCGCUCUCUCCCUCUGCCCCUCUCUCUCUCUCUCUCUCUCUUCGCUGUCCGUCAACCCAACCGAAUCAUCGUACAACACAACAUCGCAACUGCCAUAACACGUCUUUCUCUCCUCUCUCUCUCUACGAUGGGCGACAUGGCAACCCUCCGCCGUCCCCUCCCCGCCGCCGCCCCCUCGUCGUCGUCGUCGUCCUCCUCCUCUCAGCCGCCGUGGCGUCCGGCGACGACUCCUCCGCCAUGGCCGACCUCCGGGCCGGCAUGUCCCCCGCCCCGUCCGGCUGGUCGUCCUCCACCCCGUACUGCAAGUGGGACGGCGUCAACUGCGACUCCUCCUCCCGCGUCACCGCCAUCAACCUCGCCUCCCGGUCCCUCGCCGGGACCCUCCCCGCCGACCUCUCCUCCCUCUCCCGCCUCAAGACCCUGUCCCUCCAGAAGAACGCCUUCUCCGGCCCCGUCCCCAGCCUCGCCAACCUCGCCUCCCUGCAGGAAGUCUACCUCGACGUCAACAAUUUCACCAGCGUGCCCUCCGGGGCCUUCGCCGGGCUCACCAGCUUGCAGACCUUGAGCCUGAGCAACAAUUUCAACCUCGACCCGUGGGCGAUCCCCUCCGAGCUGAACCAGUCCACGGCCCUCGUCACGUUCUACGCCGGCAACGCCAACGUGGUGGGGUCCCUGCCCGAUUUCUUCGGCUCCUUCCCGAGCCUCCAGAGCCUCCGGCUGUCGUACAAUAACCUCACCGGGCCCCUCCCGCCGUCGUUCGCCGGAUCCGGGAUUCAGAACCUGUGGCUCAACAACCAGGCACAGGGCUUGUCAGGUACCAUUGAUGUUUUGUCUAGCAUGCCCGAGUUGUCUCAGGUCUGGUUGCACAAGAAUAGCUUCACCGGUCCGAUCCCGGACCUGUCGAAAUGCGAGAGCUUGUUUGACCUUCAGCUUCGCGACAACGAUCUCACCGGCGUCGUGCCUGCUAAUUUGAUGUCGUUGCCUAGCUUAAAGAACGUGUCUUUGGACAACAAUAAGUUGCAGGGCCCUGUCCCCGAUAACCCCAACAAGAUCCAGUUUACUUAUGACGGUACUAAUAGCUUUUGUAACACUGCGCCGGGCCCUUGCUCUUCGCAAGUCACUACCUUGCUGGAGAUCGCAGGCGCGCUGGGUUAUCCGGCGACGCUGGCUGAUUCUUGGGAAGGGAACGAUGCUUGUCAAGGGUGGAGUUUCAUUACUUGUCAGGGGAAGAAUGUAACGUCGGUGAAUUUCUCCAAGCAGCAUUUCGCCGGGACAAUCUCGCCCGCGUUCGCCAAUCUCACGUCCUUGAGGAGUUUGUUGCUGAGUGAUAAUGAUUUGACCGGUUCUAUACCGGAUGGUUUGGCCAAGUUGCCUCAGCUUCAGGUCCUUGAUGUUUCGAACAAUAAUCUCUCUGGGCCAGUGCCAGUGUUCCCAGCUUCAGUGAAAUUUACUAGCACGGGCAAUCCUUUGCUCGGAAAAUCUUCGAGCUCUGGGAGUGGGGGAGCUUCUGGGUCCACUUCAACUCCGGAAAGUUCAUCGAGUGCAUCGAAUGGUUCUUCUGUCUCAGCUGGUUUGAUUGUGGCUAUCGUUUUGUCUGCUUUAGUAUUUUUAGCGAUACUUCUGUUUGUGUUAUACAGAUGCUGUUAUGCCAAAAGGAAAAAUGCAGGGAUCGGGCGGGGCGAAAAUUUAGAAAAAGGAAAAGAAGUAGCUAAGAUAAAUGGGAUGAAUGGGCAAGGUGGUGUUCAAAGUGAGAUACAUAGCCAAGGUAGUGGCGACCUUCCUGUCUUCGAUGGUGGAAACGUCGCCAUUUCAAUCGAUGUCCUCAGACAAGUAACGGAUGAUUUCAGUGAGGCCAAUGUAUUAGGCAGGGGAGGUUUUGGUGUUGUCUACGAGGGAGAACUGCACGAUGGGACCAUGAUUGCCGUUAAGAGGAUGGAAUCUGCAGCUCUAGGAAACAAAGGAUUGCAUGAGUUCCAAUCUGAACUUGCAGUGCUUACUAAGGUCAGGCAUAGGCAUCUGGUUGCUCUUCUUGGAUAUUGUAUCAACGGUAAUGAACGGCUGUUGGUAUAUGAGCAUAUGCCGCAGGGCACACUGGCGCAGCAUCUGUUUGAGUGGGAAGUGAUGGGCUACUCACCCCUUACAUGGAAGCAGAGAGUUACAAUAGCUCUGGAUGUCGCGAGAGGUGUGGAAUACUUACACAGCUUGGCUCAACAGAGUUUUAUCCACAGGGACUUGAAACCAUCCAACAUACUUCUUGGGGAUGACAUGAGGGCGAAAGUUGCAGAUUUUGGGUUGGUUAAAAAUGCUCCCGAUGGCAAGUACUCUCUCGAGACUCGUUUGGCUGGAACAUUCGGCUACCUAGCUCCUGAAUAUGCUGCGACCGGCAGGGUAACCACCAAGGUAGACAUUUAUGCAUUUGGAGUUGUUCUAAUGGAGAUACUCACGGGCAGAAAGGCAUUAGAUGAUUCUAUGCCAGAUGACAGGGCUCAUUUGGUGACAUGGUUCCGCAGAGUCUUAAUCAACAAAGAAAACAUCCCAAAAGCCAUAGACCGAACUUUUAACCCCGACGACGACACCUUGGAGAGCAUCUGCAAAGUGGCCGAGCUGGCAGGUCAUUGCACUGCCCGUGAACCCUUCCAAAGACCCGAUAUGGGCCAUGCAGUCAACGUUUUGAGCCCUCUUGUAGAGCAGUGGAAGCCUUCUUCCCAGGAGGAAGAGGACAACUACGGCAUUGACCUCCACAUGAGCCUCCCUCAAGCUCUAGAAAGAUGGCAGGCGGAUGAAGAUACUUCCACAAUGUUCAACGGUGCGUCCUCCUCCCAAACCCAGGCAAGCAUCCCUCCAAAACCUGGAUACUUUGCGGACACAUUCAAUUCCACGGAUUGCAGGUGAGGGGGGCAGAAAGCAAAAGGCUUCCCAGCUUCUUAGUCCAGCGUCUUACCGAGGAUUAAUUGUGCUUCUGUCAUAUAUUCAUUCGCUUAAUCAGUCUUCUCAGAGUCUCCUGAUGAUUUAUACUGCUCAAGCCGAGCAGAUAGAGGCUACUUCUUAGGUUCUCUCGUUCUUUGAUCUGUUAUUCUUUUUCUCUGUCGUCCGUUCUUUCAUAUCUUCACUUGUUCAGAUUCUUUCACGCAGAGCAUAGAUUUUGCGGUGGUCAAGUAAAGGGGUGUUACACCAAGUUGAGAAGGGUAGAUCUGUGUAUGAUAGUUCCUUCACAUUGUAAAGAAAAAGAGAAAUGUGACUGCUUUCACUUGAAUGUAGUGAUGAGUUGAGAAUAUUCCCUUUCUUCCUUUUCCUAGGAAUGGUCACAUUGAUUUUCCUUUUCCUCAUGUAUCCAUUGAGCUUUCCUUUGUGAAAAGCAUCAUGCCCGGGUCCUUUUGAGAUGAUUUACCUUGUAGUUUUGUGUAUGAUUUUUCCUUUACAUUGUCAAAAAAAGAGAAAGGUGACUGCUUUCACUUGAA